CUCUGUCCGACCACCAUGUCUGAUUCGCAAUACCGACCUAUCCCUCAAACACCAAUACCGGACAAUGCAACAACACAUCAGGAAGAGAUGCACGACGAAACCGUCUUAACCGUCAGCGGUCCAGUGAGAUGGAUCCAUUUCGUUCUUGGCUGCGCUAUACUGUUACCCUGGAAUGUGAUGAUUACAGCGAUGCCUUAUUUCUUCACAAGACUUGCCGGCUCCCCAUUACGUCUUGCAUUUGGGUCAUGGCUUGCCUGCUCUUUCACGUUGAGCAAUUUUCUAUGGCUUGCUCUCGCAACUGUGACGGCCAAAUCGUCCUCUCCAUCGCGCCGAGUCCUCGUCACCCUCUUCUCCCUGAGCGUGUUAACUGCUCUCCUCACGUUCAGCACCUUCGUGACAGUCAAUGCCGGCGUCUUCUUCGCAUUCGUCCUUCUCAAUGGGAUUGCACAAGCCGGCCUCGGCGCCUACCUACAAACUGCAGUCAUCGUAAUUGCCUCUAUACUGGGGCCAACCGCAGUCCAAGCCCUCAUGUCUGGACAAGCCGCUGUUGCCGUUGCCGUGUCUGGUGUUCAAGUCUUCAGCGCUGUUGCGUCCGUUUGGGGUCGCUCCAAGGAAGAAAUCGCACAGACCCUUACCAGUGGAGAGCCCGAAGAGCGUUCUGCCUUUAUAUUCUUCACCCUCUCGACCGUAUUCUUAAUACUCGCUGCUGGAGCCCAGAGUUGGCUUGUCACAAUGCCCGUCUACAAGUCCAUCACCAGGUCGCUUGAACGGCAAAAGAUGGAUGAGAGCUCAGAUGAGAUACGCGGUUUGGUCUCUGACCGACCCAACUCCGACCCCAAAAGCCAGAUUAUUCGCGUCGCCAAGACUAAUGUCAUUUUCGAGGUCGCCGUGGCCUAUGUCUUCAUUGUUACACUGGCUGUCUAUCCCGCAAUCACAACUUCAAUCCAGCCAACAAAUCCGAACACACACCCGUUACUUUUCAGUGCAGUCCACUUCCUCGUUUUCAACUGUGGAGACUUCGCAGGACGAUACAUCUGCUCGUUCCCCAAGUUCCUCGUCUGGUCCCCAAAACGACUCCUGACCCUGUCUCUGGCACGCACACUGUUCAUUCCCUUAUUCCUCAUGUGCAAUCUGCAACGUCCCGGCUCAGACGGUCCCUCGACGGCUGCCAUCAAUUCUGACCUUUUCUUUAUGCUCCUCCUGCUCGCCUUUGGCCUGUCUAAUGGUUGGAUAUCAAGUCUAUGCAUGAUGGCUGCGCCGUCAUUAGAGCAUAACCCUCGUCUUGCCGGGCGUAGGGAAGAUGUCGACGUCGCGGCCACUGUUGCCAGCUUCUGUCUGGUUGCAGGACUGAUGCUCGGCAGUAUAUGCAGCUUUGCCGUCCGAGCGGCAGUUUGCCAAUGCAAUCCAUUCACCGAGACACAACCUUCAUAG